ACGCAAUCUAAAUAGCAUAUGCAUUAUGAUGCAUUACGCGCUUUGAACAUGCGAGCACCAUUUCGGGCUCUUCUGCAGCUGUUUCCGACGCUGCUUCUUCCUCAAAAGCAUUUCCACGAGAGACAGCACUGUUUACAGAGAACGCUGCUGCUUCUGGGGCACUGUGCAAUGUGUUCAGUGUUUUACGGUGCACAGCGAGCUUGCUCAGGCCCUGGAUGGAUUUCCAAGCCGGAGUGGGCGAGCUCUCAAGCUACACCCGAGUUGAGGCCAAAGAAGAGAGGUUCUAGGCCUGAGCCGGUGGAACAGUGCCGGUGGAGAAGCAGAAGCAGCAGAGGCAGUAGCAACAGCAGAAGCAGCAACAGCAACAGAGAGGCUGGAAUAACAAUGUCAGUGCUGCAAAAACACUAGGUGCCUGGCUUUUCCUGGCUGUUGCCCACACCUAGACACAUCAAGCAAACAGCUCUGGUGACUCUUGCUCCUUGUAGCUUGUUUUUUCAGCUUUUCAGCUUUUCCAUCUCCUUCCUCUUCUCUAUCUUCUUUAUCUUUUCCAUAGUUCUCCAGCAUUUUGCGUUUACUAUUUUUGUUCUCCAUUUUUUUUUUCAUCUAGCAACUUCUUUUCUUUCUAUUUAUAUUAUAACCACCUGCUUUAUUUAAUUUUGUAUAUUAUAUCAUAUUCCCAUUUUAUUAUAAAUUUUUCAUUAUUUCCCUUUUUUGCUUGUUUUGUCAUUAUAUUCAAUAAACCCAAUCAAUUAAUUUUCUUAAAUUUGAUAAAAUCAUUAAAAUUAAAAUCACUAAAAUUAAAACAGUCAAAAGAUUAAUAACAAAACACUAAUAAAAAAAACCAAUAAUUACAACUUAAAAAAC